AGCACCUUUUCCUUUCCUGUUCUCUAACCAUCACGUUCUUAGCAGCGUGUCUCUUUUGCCAAUAUUAUCCUCUCUGAACGUCUAAUGGCCGUUGACACAACGGUCAUUGAAUAGCUCCUCAGCAUCAAGCAUCCUUGGUGGCCCUCUACCUGCUCCGCUUCUUCUUCCUCUUCAGAACCCCUCAGUAUCCUUUGUUUGGUUGUUUUCGUUGCUUUUCAUUCAUUACUGCAUAGUUUUCUCUUCUUUCUCUUUUCGACAAGCUUUACACUUUACAGCUCCGUCUGCACUUUUCAAAGUUUCGUGGAAGUAUAUUUUUAUAGUAGGUGACCACCGUGAGAGGAAAGCCGACGAGAUAGUUCGCAACACCCUUUUGCACAGCUUUUUUCUUCUUCCUUUUGUAUACAACGUACGUGUGUACGCAUCGGGUUUGUUUGUCUUCUCAUGUUUGAAUGAGUAUCUCACAGUACAAGGCAUAUCAUUUUGCUCUCCUCAAAAGAAAAGAAAAAAGGGCCAACAUCAUACAGCAUGGACAAGCUGAAGGAAACGCUUGGAAUACGCGAGAAGUUCUCCCUAGAGAAUGCGCAGUACCUGUGCGAUGAGGUGGAGCGCAUAGAGGAGCUCGCUCUGGGCGACGAGGCGGGGCAGCGCGAGUCGAAAGUGCUAGAGGCUUCAUUGCAGUCGAUUCGAUCCCUCACCGAGGUGCUCGUGUGGAUGGACCGCAACAAGGAGGACUGGUUCGAGCGCGUCAUGGAGCGAGAUGUAAUCAACAUAUUGGAGCGUCUCGUCACCAACGGUCUUAUGCCGUCCGCCAUCAAACUCCAAAGUCUGCAGAGCAUCACGGUGAUGCUGCAGAAUCUAUCUCGCACCUCCUCCAUUUACUAUGUGUGCAGCAACAAUCACAUUAACCGCAUGGUUGCCGUCGAGUUCGACAUGCACGACGACGAGUUUGUGUCGCUUUACGUGUCCUUUCUCAAAACCCUUGCCCUGCGGUGCACACCAGACACGGUCCAAUUUUUCUUCGACCUGCAAGACAAUGCCUUCCCUUUGUGGGACCGCGCGCUGCGUCUGCUUGGAUCAGACGACGCGAUGGUGCGCACUGCCGCCAAGCAGAUCAUCGUUACCAUCGCCCAGCUGCAGGACAGCGCCGUCUCGGGCUUUGUGCAGCACUCCAUCGCCGACGUCUUUCUGAGUGUCAUGCGUAAUGUUGAUCAGCAGCUGACGCAGCUGGCGGCUGACAUCCCUGCCCACGCUUCUCUCCAGAGGUUCGUCCACUCUGCGCACACGUGCAACGCACAUGCAACAGCAGCAGCAGCAUCCGGAGGCGGCCCUCAGCUCUCACACUCCCCUUCAUCUCCACCCCUUUCGUUGUCAGCGCACCCGCAGCAAACGCAAGCGCCAGCCGUCAAGACGCGUGUGCUGACGCUGCGGCUGGAGGUGAUCGAGGACGAGCUUCUGUAUCUCAACGACGUGUGCCGCACGCCGGUAGCAAAUGCGGGGAGUCAGGCAGCGACAGUAGCGCAGCGCCUCUUUCUGUCUCGCUUUCAGCGCAUUAUCGUGCAAGAGACGAGGGCUGCGGCGGCGGCCUCUGCGUACUCGCCGUCCGCAGCGCCAACAGGAGAGAAGAGACCGCUGACGACGUCCAUCGCCGCCUUCGCCUCCAGCGCCAGCGAUAUCCCGGCCUCCGUCGUGCUCGCCUUCCUCCUUUACUGGAUCCAAAUCAACACCGAUUUGCAGGUAUGUGCAGCGCUGAUGGGGUUUCUCGUGCAUCCCAUAGAAGCGACACCCGCUUCUGCCGCACCGGACGUCUCCACCUCUAUCGCAGGGCUCGUCCUGCAAUCCGCACGCGUCGACUUGCACGAGGCGGUCACCGCCAUUUUUGGGCACGCCUUGGUGCAGUGCGCCAUCGCGCCGUCACCGGCGCACGUCGAGGCGAUGCGCGCUACUGUACUGCCUUCCCCGCUACGCUUUCCCACCUCACUCUCGCAGUUUUUCUACGCCGAGACGCCCUACCAGCUGACGGGGCAGGUGCUCGUCGGCGGUCCCAAUAGCACGCUGCCGCCGCCGAAAGAGAAGUUUGUGCAAAAGGCGUGGAUAGGUGGGAGUGGUGGUGGUGAUGCCAACAUGCGACGUCCUUCUUCCGCAGCCGCCCCGCCGGAGGUGCUCUCCGUGCUCAUCCCAAACAUCUUCGCCGCCCUUCACACGCAGCUUCGAUACUUCCACGUCACGCGCCUCAGCUGCUUCUCCAGCACACUCUCCCUGCUCGUGAAACUUCUCCCAGUUGAGGAACGCGCAGAGCGACGGGUGACGUGUGCGAAGGUGCUAGAGACAGCCUUUUUAGAACUGAUGAAGCUCAUUCAACGAGUUUUGUUAGAGGGUGUGAAGCAGUACGCGUCUGCGAUACAAAAUAUCGUCCGCGCGCAGCAGAACGCAGAUGGCGAGGUGCCGCUAUCCCGCAUCACCUUCGAGGACCUCCAGGACACAACCGGCGAGGAGGCUCCUUUGCCCAUUCGCGACCCCUACGCAGUGAUGUUCCUUAAGCUUCGCGAGGCAGCACAGUGGUUGGACGCCGACGUGCCGGAUCGCAGGGCCAUCUUAUCCGCUACCCACACCAAAGACGAUGUGUACCUGUUCUACCCGGCGUACCCCACCCUCGAUGAAGAAACGUGCGACCUGGUGCUGAAUGUGUGGCCACCACUACAGCCGCUGCAACACUACCACGGCCAGCCACAACCUUUUCGCCACGAACUCGCAAAUGCGUAUCGCGACGUGCAGGUCAGCGUGACGCGCGCCUUUCCUCUUUCGCAGCGCUCUCCUGUGGCUGUGUCCGAGUGCGAGCUCAACCUAUAUGUGAUGUUCCUCCUGGCGAAGCACUUCUUUGAGUCGUGUGCGUUGGCCGACUACAGCAGCCCCCACAAUGAAUCGAAUCCUAAUGUGCGGAAGGUGGACAUUCUCCGCCAAACGCUGCGCCGGCUGUGUCCACAGCGGGGCCCGUCGCACUACUUCACACUUUCGCCGUCGGCGGUGAGCCUUUCCGUGCGCUGCGAGCUGACGAGCGAGUGGCACGGCAACGCCAACGAGGCAAGCUUUGCCGCGCUGGGCACCCCGCUCUGUCUUGUCCUUCCAUCCGCCCUCACCGGGGAGGGCGGGCGGGAGCUUCUUCUGCUCGACGCGCGCGACAACGCACCGCCGCAGAUUCGUGCGCUAGAGUUGAACAGCGGGGAGUGCAAGCGGCGGGUCUUGUUGAGUCUGGAUCUGCCCUUCGUGGGCAUCGCUCUGCACCCCAAGUACUCGUUCAAGGUUGUUAUUUCGUAUCAGAUGGCCGGGCGUGCGAUGCUGCUGCAUGUGGUCCUGUGCGACGCUGCCACGGCGAAGACGGUGGUGCUGGAGGUGGAGAAGGCGGCGAAUGAGUGCCGCGCACGCGGUGCAUCGUUUUGCUUUGGUAUUAUGAACUACCGAAGUGCGCUUUUGGAUUAA